AUGGUUUUUGCUGUUUGUGUUGGUAAUUCACCUCUUGUAUCUAUGGAAUUGAGAUGGGUAAGAAGAAGAAAAUGUGAUAAUAAUGAUAAUCAAAGAAGAAAACUCAACGAGCUGAAUGCUGCUUCAUCGAGGUUAUUGCCUCGAUCGAUACCUGUUUACAUCUCUACGUUGAAGAAAGACGUAAAUCUAGAGGAAUUGAGAAGUUUGUAUUCACAUUGUGACCACUCUUGCAACCGCUUGUCUGAGAAUGGUAGCAUUGUUGACAUGAAAAAGCUGCGUACAGCUAUCUCGCGCAGCGAUGUUGUUGUCUCUGUGUUUUGCAAAUCUCAUCACGCGGAUCUUUACGACGAUGAUUCUGCGGUUUUGGAUUCAGAAGAAGAAAGUUUGGCUUCAUCUUUGUAUUCUUCAGACAUCAUGAAACAAGACAAGGAUGAGAGUUCUCUGGGGGACUUAUUUCAGAAUGUGUUGCCUCUCACUCCUACAAAUGGACGGCUUGUUGGAUUCGGUCGUGCCUAUUCUGAUCAUGGCUUGACCGCUUCUAUCCACGAUCUAAUGGUUUUACCUUCGUUACAACGGAUGGGAAUCGGUAAACUGAUAGUUAACAGAAUUAUCAGGCAUCUCACAAGCAGAGAUAUCUACGACAUAGCAGCUCUCUGCUUCGAGCAUGAAAGGCCAUUCUUCAAAGCCUGUGGGUUUGGAGAUGACAGAAUGGGUUCGACGACAAUGAUGUUCACGAAGAGCUUGGAGGCGUAA